CAUUUUCAGUUACAGUACCUUGUCCUCCAAACCCAACAUCGACCACCACCACCUUGUGUACAGACGUUCUUGACGAUAUCGAUACUUGCAUCACCACGCGCCAUAAAUAUUUCGGGUCUCGUUGGCUUAUUUGACGCCGAAUCGUUACGGACUCCCCCCCCACCCUAUCAGUUUGUAGCGUUUUCGGCGCCCUCCCUACGACGAACGCCGAGUACGACACGUACCUCCAACUCCACCUUCAAGUCGAGUCGGGCUCACGAGUUCCUCUCUGGUCGACUACCGUUGCACGAUCGCGCAGCCUCUGCAACGUCUUGACGACCGCUGUUCGCAGCUUCAUCGUGCGGCUCCCCCAUGUAGGCAUCUUAUAUACGGACUCUUCCUCCUUCACACUUCCCCGCUCGCUCGUUUUCUGAGCCCUCCGGCCUGCCACCACAACGAAAGCAGGCGCUCAAUCAUCUCAUCUCCCUCCGCCGCGAAUACACCUCCAUGGUCCCACCACCUCGAGCGGGAUCAUUUUCGCCCAAUCCUGCGCAGAUACUACAGACGGGUUCGAGCCAUUCUCCUCACCCAUCGCAGGCCGCCAUUCUCAGUGCUGGCGCAAGCCCAAGCGCCAGCAGUCCAACGGGCACUAAUUCCCUGACCAAGAUCGUCGUGGCACAGGUCUAUCUUCUGCUCAGUACUAUCAAGGAGGACAAGGACCGUGCUAAGUGGGAGCUGCAGGUUGACCAAUUGAAGAAGCUUAUCGAUGAACACGGAAUGGAAGUGUUUACUAAGUAUUUCACCCGGCUCGUUGCCGGCAAUGCGCCCCAGAUAUUCCCUGGCCUCAACAGGCCUGGCACAAGCCCGAACAACUAUCACAUUCUUGUUGCCGAGAUGCAGAAGAUCUCGCACGAUCCCAAUCAAGCAAGCAAGAUUGCUGAAUCAAUUGAGAGUGCCACGGAGGACAUCUUCCGCGACUUUGAUCUUUCAACCUUUAUGGAACAUUUCAAGCUCGAUGCAUUAGAGAAGACUAUAUUAGCUCUAGCCUUUAAGCUCACUUCUCGAGCAGAUUUAAAGACGAAAGCCGACGCUAUAUUAUCUACUAACUUCCCCUCGUUCAUCGAUAUCCUUUCUCGAUUUGACCUCGACGCCCAUGCCGAUUUAAGCCCAUCUUUCAUCGCCCUGAUUCUGGACCGGUUUCUUCAAUAUCAUCCUCCGAGCUUUAAUGCUUCUUCUAUGCACGAAUUGGAAACACGUGUCAUCAACCGAUGGAUCGAUCAGACUCCCGAGCGUACACCGCCUUCCGAAAUCCUCGCGGCUCUCGAUCUCAGUCGAGUGCUCGCUGAUAGGCCUUUCAAUGGGCUAGUUCGAUAUAUCCAAAAGACGGGCAUCGAUUUCACCAGAGACGAGGAAACAUGUGUCUCGUAUUUACAGAACCGCCCCAGCAGCUUGCAGUUGGGCCCCGAACAAGUUUCGGCUGCGAUGACCUUCACGGCCAUUAGUCAAAGCCCACAGCAAGAUACUGGUGUUCUGGUUGCUGCUCUCAGGAGAGUCCUACCGAAAUCAUUCGACUGGAUGGAGGUCAUCAUUCUGUUCGACCAACCAUCGGCUCGUGUUUCUUCUCAGCAGUUCCUUCGACUUUACCAGGCUUUCUUGCCAAUUGCACAGGACUCCAAGUCUGGCUUGAUAGUGGAUAUUCAGAGGUUAUGGGGCGGCGUUUGGAGGAAUCCAGAGGCUCAGCUCUCUUUUGUUAGUGCCUAUGCCUCUUUAACCCCCGAUCAGCUAGACGCGACGACAAUUCCCGGGCUCCAGCGCAGCAUUACUAUUGAGGAAUACGCCAACUCCCCUGAGAAUGUACAAGAGCGAGCAAUUGUCGCCGUCAAGCAUCCGUUAAUAUCCGUUGCCGCGCUCUCCUCGAUCUUCAAUGUAGCGCUCAGUUCCAUGUUGGCGUCGACGAGUAUCGAGGCAAAGAGGCUCUUCCAAGAAGUGGUAGUCCCGAAUCUGGACAUCUUCCUGGUCUCCGCCUUCGAAGUACCUCGGCAGCAUUGGGCCCCAAUGGCUGUAGAAACACUCAGUUCUUUGUUCGAAAAUUUCCUUUAUAAGCGUUCGCCCCAAUACGACUUUGUUCUAGAUAGUGUCUGGAGGAAAGACAAGAACUGGGUCAUUCAGCGCUUGGUAGACACCCAUGCUGUUAAGCCGAUGGACCUUCCGGUUAUUCUCGAGCACGCUGUAAAGCAUAAUUGGCUUGACACGCUGGUGUACCAGUCAAAUGGAUUUGGAGUCGAUUUAGCCGCUCUCGCCCAUGCUGAAGGAUAUUUGGAUUUGUCCAAGUGGGCACGGUUCAAUGCUGAGCGGAGUGAAGAGAUGUAUAGUACUCUGCUCCAGUUCUUGAUGAUAAAGGCCAACUUGGAGAGCCAGUUUCAGCGAGGAACUUCCGAUGACUCUUCUGUUAAGAACACAACGACUCUCCAAGUUCGUACCGUAUCAGCGUUACUGCGAAUCCUCGAAGACUUUUCGCCAAGUCCUCCUAGGCCAGAAUUGAUCCUGGUUCAGCGCGCUUGCAUUAUUGCUUACCCCCGACUGAUCAACUACGGCGAGGGUUACGACGAUAUCAUCGACGCCAAUGGAAGGGAGGGGAAUCUCCUGUCUCCGACCGCCAAUACCAGGAUGGAGGAACACUACAAGAAGAUGUAUAGUGAUGAAGUACAGGUUCGCAAUAUAGUCGAGGUCUUAGACCGCUAUAAGCAUUCCAGGGAUCCUCUGGAUCAGGAUGUUUUCGCAUGUAUGAUCCAUGGGCUCUUCGAUGAGUAUUCUCACUAUGCCGACUAUCCUCUGGAAGCUCUGGCAACAACCGCAGUUCUAUUCGGUGGCAUCAUUUCGCAUAAGCUCGUUUCGAACUUGCCUCUUCAAAUUGGACUGGGCAUGAUUUUGGAAGCUGUUAGGGACCAUUCUCCUGAUGAACCUAUGUACAAGUUUGGCCUCCAGGCACUGAUGCAGUUGUUCAUUCGCUUCCGAGAAUGGCCUGCCUUCUGCAGACAGCUCUGCCAGAUUCCUGGACUCCAUAACACGGAAGUUUUCAAAAAGGCAGAGGAGGUCGUUCGUGAGCACGAAGAAGAGAUGGCCCGUGGGCGUAACGGCGCCGGAACACCUCAUGGACUAGGAUUUCAAGGCGAUGGUUUCCCUAAUGGAAACUCGGAUGAGCUGACCAAUGUUGAGCGUCAAGCGCCUGCGUUUGCUGCUCUGAACGUCGAUCCGCCAGCUACGGACGUUGAGUUUGAAGAUCCUGACGAGGGUGCCCAGGACAAGGUCCAGUUCGUUCUCAACAAUAUCACCGAAGGCACACUACAGGCCAUGUGUCAAGAACUUCGAGAGACCAUGGAGCGCCGACAUCAACAAUGGUUUGCUAGCCAUCUUGUUGAGGAGCGCGCCAAGAUGCAGCCAAACUACCACCAUGUUUAUCUCGAACUGGUUAAACUGUUUGAAGACAAGGCUCUCUGGAGUGAGGUCCUGAGGGAGACUUACAUCAGCGUGUGCCGAAUGCUGAACUCGGAGGCGACCAUGCAGAACUCAACGGAAAGAACUCACCUCAAAAAUCUCGGAGGCUGGCUAGGUCUUCUGACUCUGGCACGAGAUCGUCCCAUCAAACACAAGAACAUCGCCUUCAAGCAGCUUUUGAUUGAGGCGCAUGAUACGAAACGACUCAUCGUUGUUAUCCCGUUCGUGUGCAAAGUUCUGACUCAAGGCGCCACAUCAGCCGUUUUCAGGCCCCCGAAUCCAUGGCUUAUGGAUAUCAUCCAUUUGCUAAUUGAGCUUUAUCAUCAUGCCGAGCUGAAACUCAACCUCAAGUUUGAGAUUGAGGUCUUGUGCAAGGGUUUAAACCUCGAUCACAGGAGCAUCGAACCUUCGGGCGAAAUUCUGAACCGACCCGUCAUUGAAGAACCGGCAGAGACCCUCCCCCCUGAACAACUGGACGCUUUUGAGAAUCUAUCUCUCAAUGGCAUCGGGUCCGGUGUGGGUGCUGGACUCUCACCUCAGGCUCUUGCGCCAACCAUCCCUGACCUUGGUCCCCUGAUUACUAUCCCCCCAACUAAUGAGAUGGUUGUCAGCACUACUCGUCUUCAUGAGAUUGUUCGCACGGCCCUCAGCCGUGCUCUGCAAGAUAUAAUCCAGCCUGUCGUUGAUCGCUCCGUUACAAUUGCCGCCAUAUCUACGCAGCAGAUGAUACACAAGGACUUCGCUAUAGAGCCUGACGAGAACCGUGUACGCAACUCUGCUAUUAGCAUGGUAAAAGCCACCGCCGGUAGCCUUGCCCUCGUUACGUCCAAGGAACCCCUUCGCGCCAACUUCACCAACUACAUGCGAAACCUCUCAACCGAUCUCUCUCAAGGACUCCCCGAGGGCACAAUUAUUAUGUGUGUUAACUCUAACCUGGACUUAGCCUGCAAUAUCAUUGAGAAGCAGGCUGAGGAAAGGGCUGUCCCUGAAAUUGAGGAGAUGAUCGAACCGGAGCUCGAGGCUCGUCGACGACAUCGCCUUCAAAGACCCAACGAUCCUUACUUCGACUCGAGCCUCAGCCGGUGGGCCAUGGCUAUUCCUAAUCCUUUCAAGUUAUCGCCGAAUGUCAACGGCCUCAACCCUGAGCAGAUGGCCAUUUAUGAAGACUUCGCUAGGCAACCACGAAGCGCCGCGCUUCCCACACCUUCACAUGGCCCAUCAGCAUCCGAUGCGACCAGAUCUUUGGCCAACGAGGUGCUACAGGAUCAAUUUAGUUCUAUCCCUAGUAUCCCGACUCCUGCGGAGACUCCCUCAAUUCAGCAGCAUUUGGGUGCUCAAAUGCAGCCCUAUGCACCCCCUCAUACCGGUGCUAAUGCAAUGACUAACGGUAGAUCACCCGGCUUCCAGAUGGAUGUUCGUAAUCUAGCCGAGCGGGUCAAUAAGCUACUCCAGGAACUCAUGAGGGUGGCCACCGAGUCUCCUCAUGAACAUUUCCUGGACCUACCGCGCCCAUCUCCUCUUGUGGACGUUGUUGAUGCGCUCGUCCAGCACAUCAUCAAGACUUCGCAGAGCCAUGAAGAUUUUUCCAUUUACGCUGCAGAACAAAUCAUUCAGCUCAUCUUCUCACAGGUUGACGACAACCUGGCUCUUGAGAGCUUAGUUCAUGUAUUGGAGACACUUAGAAAGAUUGCUGGUCCUGUUCUCAACAGCCGCGUUCGAACUCUCUUCAGCCAGCAGCCUGGCUCCACCUUCUUGAGUUUACCUCUGCUCGCGGCCUUGGUUCGGACGGACCUUUUGGAUUGGAGAAACAUCGAUCUGGCUAUGUCGAAAGCACUACAGGCCCGCAAAGAGGGAUCUCUUGACUUUUUGGAGCACCUACUCGACCUCACGCUGCUCGACUCCCGCCCGAUUGCUUUGUAUGCCGACUUUGCCCUGACGCUGGACGCAGCUUGGUCAUGGAUCUCGGAUGACCCCGAUUCUGCCGCUGGGCAACGGAUCAAGUCAAAGCUCACCAACUCCGGUCUGACACGGCCGACUCGCGCUGACAGUCAGGCUCUCCAACACGAACAGAUAGAAUAUGUUUUCGACGAAUGGAUCCAUCUUUGCCGCAACCAUAAUGCCUCUGAGAAGGCUGUCACGGCGUUCGUGCAGCAGCUGCACGCUAAAGGGGUUAUGGAGAACAGGGAUGACCUCUUUGUCUUCAUCCGCGUCACCAUCGACCUGUCGGUUGAGCGCUUCGACUACAUUGUCCACAGUGGUUCCCUUGCCGAUGCCUAUGUCAUGGUAGAUGCUCUUGCUAAGCUCAUUGCAACGUUCAUCGGGAUGGGCUUUGAGCCAACAUCUACUCGCCCCGCAUUUAUCGACUCAGUGCUUUCACUUAUUGAGCUCAUUCUUGUCAACCAUCAUGUCAAGCGCGGAGAGCAGCUGAGCCAGCGCGUUUUCUUCAGAUUGCUGUCCAUGCUCUUUUACGAAAUUCAGGGGAUUUCAGAGAGCCUGGCUGAGGAUGAGCGUCGUGAAAUUCUUCUGAGGAUCGCUCGGCGACUGUUCAAGAUCAACCCUUUAUAUGUUCCCGGCUUUGUUUACGGCUGGAUGUCUCUUGUUCAGCACCGUGCUUUCAUGCCAGCAAUUCUGCAGCUGCCCAACGGUGUUGGCUGGGGCCCCUUUUCCGACCUGCUCUGCCAGUUGCUCGACACUCUCGGGGAUCAGUUGAAGGUUUUCGAGGUUUCCAACGUUGCCAAAGAUAUUUACCGCGCUUGCUUCAAGCUGCUCGUCAUUCUGCAGCACGACUUCCCCGAAUUUGUCGUGGCCAAUCACGCCAAGCUUUGCUCUAGCAUUCCACCUCAUUGCACGCAGCUCAUUAACGCUGUCCUGGCUGCCAAUCCCCAGCAGAGUCCUAGGUUCAACGAGCUUGGUGGCAAGAUCCAGUUCGACGACAUGCGCCUUUUUGCUGGUCUUAUGAAUGAGGCCAGCGUGACACUUCAGUCUCGCAGUCUUCUCAAGGUCCUAGACCAAGCACUUCAGAGUGGACCAAAUGAAGACAUCGUUGCUAAUAUCACCCAUGCCAUGACACAUGACACUCCAAAGGCAUCUACUUACGGCCAUGUGCCUGUCGUCGCCAACACCAGCGUGAUUGACGCUGUUGUUCUCUAUAUCGGACAUCGUGCUGUAGAGAAGGCAACACAGACUGGCACAGACCUGUCCCUGACUGGUGACGAGAAUGAAGUGUCACUUCUUUCUCUGAUCAUUCAUGAACUCCCUGCCGAGGCCAGAUAUUAUAUCCUUGUCAGCCUAGUCAACCAACUUCGAUAUCCCAGCGCCCACACUGCCUUCUUCAGUCAGGCGCUCCUUUCUAUCUUUGCCAAGGAUCUCGGCGAUCCUGAGGAAGAUGAAUUCCGCGAGGACAUCACCCGAGUGCUGCUUGAGCGACUGGUUAGUUUCUGGCCUCAGCCAUGGGGUCUGUUGUACACUGUUGUGGAACUUGUGAAGAACGAAGACAAGUAUGGAUUCUUCAAACUUCCUUUCAUCGAUGACGAGAGUCAUGAGGUUGCCAAAAAGUUUGCAGACGUGCUUCAACGAGCAUAGGUCGCGGGUCAUAUAGUCACAUCGCGAUGGAAUGAAUAGGACUGGGUAAAACGUCACAAGGAGGAAUCUAUAGGAGAAACGUAUUUUAUUAUCGGCGGAACUCUUGGUUUUUGACGGUGCAUCAUUAUGAGAGAGGCACGGGGCGUUGGGUCCAAAAAGAAUUCAGAAUUAUAGAGGCGCAAGUGUUACUGCGGCCCUGGGGCAGACUCGUCUGGGGGGGCGAGGAUGUCUCCAGGCCGAUACCACAUUGCAGUAAUACUGUAUCACUGUACGAUAGUCGUUACGAUGUUGUCGGAAGAACAUACCAGGCGCAUGAUUGGUUUUGGAAUACUGCCCCUUUGGUUAAAUACGUGAUAACAAUUGGGUCCUGGGUUUAUAGAGCAGUUGGGAACAGGUAAUAUGUUACCUCUCUCGAUUAGAUGGUGACAUGACCACGCAUUACUGGAGUAGCUGUUCCUGAGAGCUUGACCGUGGCGAUCUUGGACUCCUUUACAUCAACGUCAACUACAAUAUUACUCUCCCUGCCCAUCUCAACACCCUGGUCAAUCUCAUAUCUGAAGCCAUGAUCACCUAGGCUCGACUGUUGAAGCGAAAGAUAGCUAGAGAGCGCGCUCGCAGCACUGCCUGUAGCAGGAUCUUCCAUGGAUGCUUCCAUCAUUCUCGAGCGGAUGGAAUAAACGGUCAUGCCGUCGUCUUCACGCUGGCCAUUGACAACAUAGUAGUACUUCAGCAAGAGGCCGUUUUGCCAGCCGUCGUCAAGAAGCUCGUCCACAGACAAGUUUACCCCGCUCAUCUGAACUUUGGCCAGAUGCUCGAGAUCCGGGAGUUUGAUGAGCGCAAAGGUCAUGCCAUUGACGAUACUGAAUAGCGGGGCCUGGAGCUCGGAUUCGCGUAUCGCAGGGUCCUGGGAUAUUUGGGCAGCGACCGGGGCAGACAGAUCGGCAAGAGUCUUUCUGUGACGACGAACAUUGUGCGGGAUAGCAGCUUGGAUAUAACCAGGGCGGGUCUGUGUGAGAGCAAUUGGGCCUGCCUUAGUAACGACGGUAUUGACACCGUGGGGGAUGAGGGUAACAGCGGCGCCGAUAGUUGGGUGCCCAGCAAAGGGGAUCUCUGUGUCGACUGUAAAAAUGUCGAUCACUCGGCGGGUGACAUCACUGUCGACAUCGGUAUCAGGACGGGGUUCGUGGAUAAAAACGGUUUCGGAUAGAUUGAACUCGAGGGCAAUUCUUUGUUUUUGCUCUUGCGUAGGCUCUGAUAUAUUUCUAUCUGCGGGAAUCGUGACAACGGCAAGGGGAUUUCCUCGAUAUCGAGUGUUUGUGAAGACGUCGAGAGUAACAAAGGGAAGCUCCAUGGUUAAGCUUUGGUGGCUUUCAGCUGUGAAUUAGCUUCAGUAGGACCAAGCAGAUCUGAUAGAUUAGGUACGAAGUAGACACAGGAACAGUCGACGGCCUGAGCUUGUGAAUCUCGAUAGCAAGAGCUUGCUUUGGUGGUUGGUAAAAGUAUGACGAUGAUGGAGGGGGAAGAUUGUGGUGGGGUGGGGUCGAUUGACAGGUUGGAAAAGUAAAAAA